UGUAGUUUGCAAUAUGCUACAACAGACCUUCCAGUUUUUCUACUCUGUUUUGAUUUCACAGCAGAGAGGUUUGGGUCUCGUCUUCCGCUGCCGUUUCACUCUCAUGAUGAAGAGACUGUGUCUCUAUCUUGUGUCAGACAAGAGCAGCUCGCCGUGUUAUAUCAACACUAUGACAGGUUCUUGGAGAUUUGGAUCACCACUAAGAUUGAGCCUAGUGCCGUGUCUUGGAGCAUGUUUUUAAAAGUGGAUAUGGGACCACUCACUGGCUUUAAGUUUGGUGUUGAAGCUGGGAGUUUCCUCAUUGACGAGGACAAGAGAGUCGCCGUGGUUUUCGAUCUUGACGGAUAUAAACAAACCGAGACUUGUCGCUACCAAACAGCUCACAUCAUUGGACAAGAUGGAGGAUACUUCAAGUCUGUGAAUAUCAGAGAAGCUCCCAAUGUGGGAAAACCUGACAGAUAUGGACAUACUUUCCGUAGAUAUUGUGUCCCACUUGUGUGCCCUUCUUAUGUUCCAAGUUUAGUACAGUUAGAUUAGUUUAAUUUUUUGUUUCUUGCAUCUCCUUUUACUUCCAUUCUUUCUUUUUAUUUUUACUCUUCUUUCAAACAUCAUGUCCUUGUGAGCAUGGCUAUUGCUGUUAGUCGAUUACAAGUUUGAAACCAACUUUUUUGCCUCA